CUGCCGUUGUUUGGUGAGUGGGGCGGUCCAAGUCGACUGUGCCGCAUGCGAGGCACCUUGGCCUCCAGCAACACAGGUGUGUGCCAGGAUCCAUGUCGACCAAAGCGAAACUGAAUGAUGCACUGACAGAUACACAGACACACACGUUGCUUCGGUGGAUGGGUCGGUCGCUCGGUAAGUGGGCGGGGUGGGUCUGUUUCAUCCUGUCCAACAACAGCUGCCGGUCCUGUGGCCUCGACACACACGGGAUCUGCACACUACAUACACAGUUGGCAUUGAGCCCAUCCAGCAUCGUAGAGUAAUGACGUGUGAGUGCGGCUGAGUCUUCACACUUCUCAGCUCCCACCGAGAUCUCGAAUCUUGUCGUCCUUGUCGCGUAGAGUGUUGCUCUGCCUCUGCACAGACGGAGACAUAUGUGAAGGCAUCUUAGUAAAUGACACGCAAAUCCCUCGCCUCCCUCCCUCACCCUUGUUAACUUCGUGGUGCUUCCAGGUAGGCACCCAUGUCGAGGGCAGGGACGGAAGCUCUUCUCUCCGGUACUUCGGGAUAUAAAACGUACGCAGCGAUAGGGCUGCACACCAUAAAAGAAAACAGAGAGGGACAGACAUACGCUUUUUGAACAGACAUUAUGCCCGCUCUCACCUUUUACCGCCCCCCGUCUCCUCCUCAUCUUCUUGGCCAACGACAGCAACAGGUCCUCGGUCGGCGCCCACACACACGAUCUGCACACAACACACACAGACACACACACACACACACACAUAGACAUAGACACAGAUGCCAUCUAUCUUUUGUCUAUCUCUUUGAUGCACCCCUCCCUUCUCUGUAACGGAUGAUCGGUGUGUUCUUUCGUCUUGUUGGCCUCUCAAGCUUACAAGACGCUCAGCUGGGUGUGUGGGGCUCCGCCGUGCACCUUGAUGCCCUCCUGGAUCCCCGAGACACUGUAGUGCUCAGCCCUACACAAACGUUUUAAUGUAUGUGUGGUGGACGGACGUGCACGCCGCCCACAGACCGGACACGACAGACACAGCCGAUCAAUCAAUGAAGCAUAGCAUUUCCAUACUGUGGUCACUCGCCUCGCUGGCUCUCUCGUCGUGUGUGGGCCUGCCUGCCUGCCUGCCCGCCCGCCCCGCCCCACGUACGCAACGCACCGGUUGUGUUCCUCUUCUGUGGGUCUUCUGGCAGGGGUAGACUGGCAGAAACGCUGUCUGCACUCCGGCGGGUCUUCCGGACCCUUGAACGGCUCCUCCAGCACCAAGAACACCUGAGCGCACACACACACACGCACACACAGCCAUAUGAGUGUGUGUGCAGAGGUGGGGUGACUGAGUCAGUGGGUGGGUGGGUCACGUAACGUACCAUGUCACGGUCGACGUCGAGCCGUCCGCCGUUGCGUCGCCUCUCAAGCUCCUCUUCGUCGAGACAAAGAAACACACAUAAGUGCAGCUGCAGGUUCGCACACUGCAGACACACAAAGAAAGAAAGAAAGAGAUCCAUCCAUCCAUCCAUCCCGGUAGGCAGGUACAUAGGCAGACAGGAAGAUGACUGACCCCUGCUUCCACUGGUCGGAAGUCGUUGAACCGGGAAACGAGUUGCUGAUGGGACACCAGCUCCCGCAUCUUGGAGAAUCCGUCAACUUGGGCGCCCUCGCCAGACCAUGCUGACCAAUGGAUGGAUGGAUGGAUGGAUGGAUGGAACGACACAACACAAGAAAGACGCACAGCACAGAUAGAUGUGGCCGGCCACUUCGCCCCUCCCCCCCUCUCUCUCACUGCCUGCCCUGCCCGUCAGUUUGGGUUACAUACCCGGACUGCCGCUGCCUCGAGGUCUGCGGUGCUGCUGGCGUCGACCUGGAACACCGUCACCUUGAAGGACCUCAACCGGUCGAGGUAACCGCUGAGGUCGUCCUUCGGAUUGGGCUCGCCCGUCACGCGGCGCACGUCACCCCUUGUCGUACCUGCACACACGAAUGAAUGGACGACGGCAGCAAGAUGAUUGAUUGGGUAGUGGGGGUCGGCGGGCAGAUGGAUGGGCGUACGGAUGAAGAGGGCGGCGAAGUUGGGCUUGUUGAUGUCGGCCUCCAUCACGCUGCCCUCGCGCUUCUCCACCGAAACCUGCACACACACACACACAUGGAUGACACGCCAACACAGAUCAGAUCGAUCGCCGUUGCGUUGCCUCUGAACUCCUCUGCGCCUUGCGCAGGCAUUUCAUGACAUCCUCUCGGGAGUUCUGAAUGAUGGGCAUGUAGUAGAUGUGCACUGACCCGUGUCGGGCGAGCUCCUCGAGCGCCUUGGAGGAUGGACCCUCGCCCUCAAUCUUGACGAAGACGUCGAAGGUGUCGGGUGUGUAGUAGAUAUCCACUGCGACCUCCCAGAAUCCCUUGAUGACCCCCCUGUCGAAGAAUUGGGAAGGCCAGGCAGUCCAUGACACGCUUUCGGGAGACCCAGAAGGACGGACUCUUGCCCUUUAUCUUGAGAAAGGCGUCCAAGGUGUCGGGUAGGUGGUAGAUGUGAACUUCGACCUCCCACCCCGUGAUGACCUCGGCCUUGCCGAAGAACCCGCCUGAAUUCGAAGUUCGCACAGAGCGUUGCUCAUGCCGUUUUGCCAGGCCUGGCUCGUGCAGCUCCCGACGGAUGGGAGUCGUCCUGCCUCUCAUCCAACCCGCUGCUCACCUUGCGAUUGGCCACUCGCGCCCGGCGUCGUCUGCGACGCUCGCGGAGUGACGGCUGCUUGGUCGGAAUCAU